UGUUGAUUUGGAUCAAGCCGAUCAUUCCGAUCAAGGAAAAUAAAUAAGUAAAUGUUAUUAAUUUUUCUACUUCGUUAGGUACUGGUUAUUUACCAGUGCAAUGUUUAUUUGAAGUGUUCUUUGUGCAUGGUUUAAAAUUGGACAUGGAAAAGAGAUCAUUAUUCGGAAAUUCAUUAAAAAUGUAAGUCAAUGUUAAAACAUUUACACUCCUUCAGUAAAGCAUUACAAUUGGCAACAAUAAGGUCUCAUGGAAAUUUGAGGAUGAUCUUAUCAGUAUGCCUUAUAAAUAGAAUAUUAGAAACCUAAUUUGAACUCUAUUGCUUGCUAUGGUUGAUAAAAUGCAGGCAAAGAAGCGAUAUAUGACACUUGUUAUAUCAUGUGCAUUUUUAGUAUAUUUCUACUUCAGCAAUCAACAUAUAAAAUCAGAUGCAGCUCAAAGCAGUUAUUUGGACCAGCUGCCCUCAUAUGCCACAUUAGAUGAACUGUCAGAGAUGCCUCCAAGAGAACAGAGAAGACCACAUUCUGCACCAAGGCCUUGUCGCAUGGAAACCUGUUUUGAUUUUACAAAGUGUGGAAAUGAUCCAAAAAUUUAUGUCUACCCUACUGAUGGGCCUGUUAGUGCAUCAUAUCGAAAAGUAUUAUCAGUUAUAAGAGAAUCUCAGUAUGCAACAAGGGAUCCUAAUGAAGCAUGUCUGUUCUUGCCAGCUGUGGACACACUGGAUGCUGACCCACUGUCUCCAGAACAUGCUCCUGAUGUUGCAGCACGUCUGUCAAGGCUCCCAUAUUGGAAUAAUGGUCGUAACCACUUGAUAUUUAACUUAUAUGCUGGUACUUGGCCUGAUUAUUCAGAAAGUGCUUUGGGCUUUGAGCCUGGUGAAGCUAUACUGGCACGCGCUAGUGCAUCUGAGUCGAUUUUUCGUGAAGGAUUUGAUAUUUCUCUUCCAUUAUUCCAUAAGGAACAUCCUGAACAUGGUGGAGCGCCCGCUGCAGCCACUGCCAAUCCCUUCCCGGCACCGAGACGGCAUUUACUGGCAUUUAAGGGCAAACGUUAUGUGCAUGGAAUAGGCAGUGAAACAAGAAAUUCCUUGUGGCAUCUACAUGAUGGUAAUAACAUGGUUCUGGUUACAACUUGCCGACAUGGAAAGUCAUGGAAACAUUUAAGGGAUGAACGAUGUGAUGAAGAUAAUCGAGAAUAUGAUAAAUUUGAUUAUGAGCAGCUGUUGGCAAAUUCCACAUUUUGCCUGGUGGCUCGCGGGAGACGUCUGGGCUCGUAUCGCUUCCUGGAGUCUCUGGCGGCGGGCUGCGUGCCGGUGCUGCUGAGCAACGGCUGGCGGUUGCCGUUCGACGAGCGCAUCGACUGGCGCCGCGCCGUCAUCUGGGCCGACGAGCGCCUACUGUUGCAGGUGCCCGAACUGGUGCGGUCGGUGUCUCCCGAGCGCAUACUCGCGCUGCGGCAGCAAACUCAAUUAUUAUGGGAGCAAUAUUUUUCCUCCAUUGAAAAAAUUGCCUUCACAACAAUAGAAAUAAUAUUCGAGCGCGUGCUGAUGGUGCGGAGGUCGCGGCAGCGCGAGGCGCUGGUGUGGAACAGCUGGCCGGGCGCGCUGGGCUCGCCGGCCGCGUACGGCGACUCGCGCGCGCAGCUGCCCCGCGCCGCGCCCGCGCCGCCGCCGCCCCGCCGCGCGCCCGCCCCGCCCCAGCCGCUCCAGGCGCCCGAUGUGCCGCAGGCCGCACCGCCGCCCACGCCGGGCACGUCCUUCACCGCGCUGCUGUACGCGCAGGCCACGUCGCCCGCGCUGCACCGCCUGCUGGCCAGCAUCGCGGCCAGCGAGCACGCCGAGAAGGUGGUAAUAGUGUGGGACAGCGACCGCGCGGCGCCGUCGCUGAAGUCGCUGGCGCGCGCGGCGGGCGACCCGCGCGACCCUCUGCCAGUGCUCGUCAUAGAUGCUACUACUCACUAUCCUGGGGAGGGCGUGUCGGCGCGCUGGCAGCCGCUGUGGGCGGUGCCGACGGCGGCGGUGUUCUCGCUGGACGGCGACGCGCCGCUGCUGGCCGAGGAGCUGGACUUCGCCUUCCGCGUGUGGAAGCACUUCCCGGAGCGUAUCGUCGGCUACCCGGCGCGCUCGCACUUCUGGGAUGAGGCUAAGAACGCAUGGGGCUACAGCAGCAAGUGGGGCGGCGCGUACUCGCUGGUGCUGCCGGGCGCGGCGCUGGUGCACCGCGCGUGGCUGGCCGCGUACGGCGCCGCGCCGCCCGCGCUGCGCCAGGCCGUGCGCCGCGCGCGCAACUGCGAGGACAUCCUGCUCAACUGCCUCGUGGCGCACUACACGCGCCGCCCGCCGCUCAAGCUCGCGCAGCGCCGCCGCUACAAGCACCACCGGUACAGGUCCUCAUGGAGCGACCCGGAGCACUUCGUGCAGCGGCAAUCCUGCCUGAACACGUUCGCGGCGGCGUGGGGCUACAUGCCGCUGGUGCGCUCCGUGCUGCGGCUCGACCCCAUACUCUUCAAGGACCCCGUCUCCACGCUCAGGAAGAAGUAUAGGAAGAUGGAGCUGGUCGCUUCCUAAUUAGGUUAACAGUAAGCUUGAUCUUGUGACUUAUAUUUAUGUAGUCCGUGUUUUUUUCAAAUUAAACUUUUGUAUCCUAAGAAGAAGUGGUAACUUUAUUCUUCCAAAAUUAAAUCUGAGAAACUCGGCACUGAAUUACGAGGAUACACAUUAUAUAUUAUUGUAUCUCAAUAUUAGAUAUCACAUAUAUUUCGGAACCCUAUAUUUCGAAAGAAAAAGUUUAUUACCACUACUUUUGAGGUUAGAAAAAUUCUAAUCAUAAAAAUAACAUGGGGUAUGGUUGUAUGUAUGGAGCGCACGUUCUUCAAAACUAUGUUUUUACGUGUCAUGCUCGUAAAAUUGACCUCUAAGUCGCGUGUAAGCGGCAUAAAGUUGCUUGUUAUGUUCUAGAGCAUAAAGUAAAAUCAUCUAUUACGACCCUUAUUGACUUAGCAAUAAAGUUCAAAUUCUGGCAUACAAUUAAAUCACACUCAAGUUUACAUUGAAUAACUGAAUUCAAGGGAAAUUAUUACCUAAUAUAUUAUUACUACGUCUGCGUGGAAUGAUGAUUGAUAAAAACUAGCCUCCUUCCUCGGUCCUCAACCUCAGACUAUCUCCAUAUCAAAUUUAGUCUAUAUCGCUUCAGCGGUUUAGUUCAGCGUGAAGAGGUAACAGACAGACAGUUACUACUGCAUUUGUAAUAUUAGUGGGGAUUUAUCCUACUUGAUAAUUUUAGUUUUUUAUGUUUUUUCUUUAUUUAUGUUUUUGGUUUUUUGAUGAACUUAACUAGCUAAAAGUUCAUCAAAAAACUGAAACAUGGAGAUUUUCCCUAUUCUAAUGAACAUAAGUCAUAGUAAAAAAAAACAAAACAGUAUAAAUGCUAUCUUAUGCAGCCGUUAUAAACUGGCACCGCCAUAGUGAUAGAAUAAGUAUGUAAACGCAUUCAAAUUUUAAAGGCUUACCUCGCGAAGAAGAAAAAAAGCAAAUUUGGCAUACGGCUUGUAUACUAAAUAAGAAAACAAUUUUGUAUAGCAUAAGUACAUGUGAUGUUUUUAACGAAAAGGUACUUACAGUUUCAGUGGUCGAUAAGAGCGAUUUCUAAUUAAUUCCUUACCUUUUUCUUAAAAAGGGCACUCAGUAAGGAUUAGAUAAGUGUAAAUGUUGAUACGCAGAAAUCGAGUAUACAUGGGGUCCCAUAAACAAUCGAUAAUAGGUACAAAGAGUGAAAGAAAACUUAUAUUAAGUCACUAUUAACAUGUCGGUCCUCAGUGUGUAUUGGCCGCGUAGCCAAGAUGCCAAUCGCUUACGCUCCGUAGCGAUGGAAACGCAACUGUCACUGUCGCACUAAUAUGGAAGAGUGAUAGGGAGAUAUAAAGCUUUUCGUUGUCGAAGCGAUAGCGAUUGUAAUCUUGGCUAGGCCGGCAGUUAUCAGCUGCAGAUAUAGUUGACCCUGCAAGAAAAUACUGUAAAUUUACCUAUGUAGUACUUUACAUUAUAAAUCAUUAUAAUGAUUAGUAUAAUAACGAGUGCAUAACGUUUUUACUGUCACUUAAAACAUAAAUUGGACACUUAUCGUUAUAUAAUGAGCAUAAAUCGCACUCGAGGAGGGAUUUUGCGAGCACGUCAGUUAUUUAAGGUUUACAUAAAAAAAAUUGCAAGUACAUGUACUUAUUAUUUUUUGUAACGUACAGUCGCCAUCAGAUAUAUCGGAGCGGUCAAGGUGCUCACAAAUAUCUAAACACGCCUCUAUUGUCAGGGCGUUAGAGUGCGUGUUCAGAUAUUGUGAACACCUUGGGCGCUCCGAUAUAUCUGAUGGCGGCUGUACAUACUAUUUACACUCUAAUUUAAGAAUCUAACGUCAAAAUUAAAUCAGUCUAAUUGCCAACAUAAUGUGUAUAAACAUUUUUGGAGCUAAAAGCUAAAUAAAUAACUGUCGUGCGUCAUUAUGAUAAUAUACUUAGUUUUAAUUCCAGGCGCUAGGCCUAGGCCUACCUACGUCAUACGUAUGAUAAUUGACAUUUCGCCGAACAUUGCUGACUGGUGUAACUAAUAAAAUUUUACCAUCGUUACUAUUAACGACCUGGAAAUGGACACUAAAAUAUCAGUGUCAGGUGUCAAUUGUCAGCGUGGUGAAAUAGUCCCCCCGGCUACAAGCUCUUAGUACAAAUACCUUAUUCCGACAACUCGAAAAUUGGUUGAUUUAUUGUGUGUUGUUAACUUUACUAACUUAUAUUAUGCCCGCGUAAUGCCCCGUCGAGUGCGAUGUUAUGCUAUGAGUUCCUCUAUUAUGGUCAUGACUCAGAUCGCAUUAUUGUUCGUUUACGGGACACCCUGUAUAUGCUAAAGUAGAUAUUGAUUGUUACUAUUUGUCAAAAUAUCUAUUAUCUAAACGUUAGGUACUAUAGUUGGUACUAGUUAAUGUAAGUAUCUGUCAUAUCCCUAGACCAAAUAAAUGAAGAAGACGAAAGAAUCCAACUAA